AUGGAGAAGAUGGGAGCGACGGUAGUAAGCAACAAGCAAGUCCUAUUCCGAGACUACGUUACCGGAUUCCCCAGUGAAUCCGACCUACCAAUCACCUCAACCACCGUGAGUCUUAAGAUACCGGCGGGAUCAACGACGGUGUUGGUGAAGAAUCUCUACUUGUCUUGCGAUCCCUACAUGCGCAACCGUAUGAGAAAGCCUGAUCCUUUGAUUCCUGCUACUGCUCAGUCCUUCAUUCCCGGCAAGCCUAUCUCUGGUUUUGGAGUGUCUAAAGUGAUGGACUCAGGUCAUCAAGAUUACAAAGAAGGAGACUUGAUCUGGGGAGCAGUAGGAUGGGAAGAGUACAGUGUCAUCACACCAAUCCCUAAUCUCCACUUCAAGAUCCACCACAAAGAUUUUCCGUUAUCUUACUACACUGGACUUCUUGGUAUGCCUGGUAUGACUGCAUACGCUGGGUUUUACGAGAUAUGUUCUCCAAAGAAAGGAGAGACCGUGUUUGUCUCAGCUGCAUCUGGCGCUGUUGGUCAGCUCGUCGGACAAUUCGCUAAGAUGAUGGGCUGUUUUGUCGUUGGAAGCGCCGGAACCAAAGAUAAGGUUGAUCUCCUCAAGAACAAGUUUGGUUUCGAUGAUGCCUUCAACUACAAGCAAGAAAAAGAUCUCAAUGCUGCCCUAAAGAGGUGUUUCCCUGAAGGCAUUGACAUAUACUUUGACAACGUGGGAGGCAAAAUGGUGGACGCAGUGAUCUUAAACAUGAGACCACACGGACGUAUCGCAGCGUGCGGAAUGAUCUCGCAGUACAAUCUGCAGAUUCCGGAAGGAGUGUACGGUCUCUCGCUCAUUACCUACAAACGAAUCCGUAUUCAAGGGUUUAACGCUAUUGAUUACUUCCACAAAUACUCUGAAUUCGCCGAGUUUGUGGUUCCGUAUAUAAGACAAGGGAAGAUAACCUACGUGGAAGAUGUUGCUGAUGGACUCGAGACUGCUCCGUCUGCUCUCGUUGGACUCUUUCACGGCAAGAACGUUGGGAAACAACUUGUUGUGGUCUCUCGUGAUCUUGUGUGA